AUGGCGGAUGUGUUGCAGGUCGAGUCCCGUGCCGCGGGGGAGCGCAGCAAGUCCGUGGAUACGAGGACAAACGGUAACGACAGUGAUAGUAGGGGUAGGGGUGGCAGUGCAAGCGAGAAUGCCGAUGCAGAGGCGUACACGGUGAUGGACAGUUACUGCUACGAGUGUGACACUGGGAAAAGUAGGAGGAAGGGCGGGGGUAGGAACCGCAGGGGCCGGAGUAGUGGUAGGGGCGGCAAGAGCAAAAGCAGGAGCAGGAGUAGGAGUAAGAGUAAGCACCGUAACGAGGUAGACGGCGAGGGAGAGGGUGAUGACGCUACACGCCAGUUCUAUAGGAUGUCGCUUGGUGAUUGGGACUUCCAAACCACUGUCGGGGCAGGGUCCAUGGGGAAAGUCAAGCUGGCAAGACACAGGUACGACGACACGGUUUGUGCAGUGAAGAUCGUGAACAGGGCGACAAAGACGUUCUUGUACAGGCAGCAAUCCGCACCAGCACCGCAGAGCAAAGCGGAUAUUAAGGAGCGAGAACGGUUGCUCGCGAAGGAGAUUGCUAGGGACACGCGGACCGUCAGGGAGGCAUCCCUCGGGCAAGUGCUCUCGCACCAAAAUAUCUGCCAACUGUACCAGAUGUGCACGAUGUCAAACCACUUCUACAUGAUGUUUGAAUACGUCUCGGGGGGCCAAUUGCUCGACUACAUCAUCCAGCAUGGGUCCCUGAGGGAACCCCUGGCACGCUCCUUUGCAAGAGCCAUCGCGAGCGGGCUUGCGUACCUCCACGCGAACAACGUCGUCCAUAGAGACCUCAAGAUAGAAAACAUCAUGCUUACCGCCGCCGGGGAGAUUAAGAUCAUAGAUUUUGGACUUUCAAAUCUGUUCGACCCAAGGGCCAAACUAACCACGUACUGCGGAUCGCUGUACUUUGCGGCGCCUGAACUCCUGCGCGCGAAACCGUACAUAGGACCCGAGAUCGACAUCUGGUCCUUUGGAGUCAUACUGUACGUGCUCGUGGUCGGGAAAGUGCCCUUCGAUGACGAGAAUUCAAACGCACUUCACGAGAAGAUCAAGAGGGGGAAAGUCAGCUAUCCUGCAACGCUCUCCAUCGAGUGCAUCUCCUUACUGACAAAGAUGCUCACAGUCAACCCAAAACGCAGGGCAACACUCAAAGAGAUAGUCACGCACCACUGGAUGGUAAGAGGGUACGGUAACAUACCAGCCAAAUCGUUCCAACCUUGGAGGCGCUGCUUGGUCCCAGAAGAGCUCGAUAACACCGUGUUCAACGAGAUGUUCAACUUGGAGUUUGUCGCAGACGUGGACGAGGCAAGGAAGCAGCUCGCCAAACUGAUAACGUCCCCGGAAUACAUACACUUGUCCACGCAGCAUGACACUUUGGACGCAUCAUACAAAGACGGUUCCCUUGACCCGGCUUUUGACGACCCGCUAGCAGCAUUCCACCCUCUCGUGUCCACGUACUGGCUGACACGCGAAUUCUUGGAGCGGAAGAGGUUCGGACACCAUACCCCGACGUUGCAGUUCAAUGAAGACAAAUUGGCCACCAGGUCUGUACCAGCUAUCGCGGAACCGGCGCGGGCAUCGCUAGAAUUGAAUCGGGAAACAAGCAACGUCACAACAGAUACAGAACACACGAGGGGGCUGCUUCCUCCAAAGGUCGCUAAAGCAGGGAUGGCAGCGCAUUUAUCUCCAACGAGGAAAAAUCAUUACAACCCGUCGGAUGCGGCACCAAACACAAGGACGGAAACCUCACCCCUCAAGGAGAUCCAUGAACGCAUGAAGAUUGGGAACCUCUUCAGAAGAUUUUCCCUGAAGAGUCCGCCGCGUCAACUUCCCCAGGACCAACAGAAAAAGGAUUACCAGGACCACAGGCGAGUCAAAACAGAAACGGCACAAUCGAUCAAGUUCACAGAGUUGCCCGAACCACCAAUGAGAAGGAAGUCGGUCCUCAACAAGCCUGAAUGCAACGAGGAUGACACCGCUGCACGGGUCAAAAAUCCUGUACACCGGAAGACAAGGACAACUUCCGUUGGUGGACAAAGACGGCCAUCGUGGAAUUUUAUACGAUCCGACGAAACCCCGUCUGCGGAGAACCUGUGCGAUAGUAACGGGUUCUUCGAGUCCCCGGAAACAGCAACGACAGCUGGACAAGAGGAACCGCUGGACGACCAGUUGACGGACGCGCAGAUCAUCCAGCUCGCGAAAAGUGCACCGAUGGGCACCAUGCCCUCUAUCGACUACCCGAAAGUGCUGUUCCUGAAGGGGUUCUUUUCCGUGCAGACGACGUCGUCGAAACCGCUGCCCAUCGUCAGAUACAAAGUCAUCGUUCUGCUACAAAGGAUGGGGAUCACGUUCCAUGAGGUUAAGGGUGGAUUUGUCUGUCUCUACGAGGCUCCACCCAUAUACAAAGAUUUCGGGAACCUCGAGAACAACGCGCUCACCCCAAACCGCAGCAGGCAGAGUGCUGCUACGAAAUCUGUGUGUUCGUCGACAAGCUCGGAGUCUGACGAAUUGAACUCGGACACGGAGGAGGGGGAGAACGACGGCCGCGGGCGGUACGUCAAGGCAAGUGACGAAAGUUUAUCCCCCAACACGAGUGCAAUGGGAGCACAGACUAUGGUGUCCAACAACACGGUAAGGAACACAGCAAACACCUUCGACAAGCUGUCCGUCAAAUUCGAGAUACAUAUCGUCAAAGUUAAGAUUGUAGGACUCGCUGGCGUCUACUUCAAAAAAAUCAGUGGCAAUACAUGGGUCUACAAAGAGGUUGCAUCUAAAUUUCUCGAAGAACUGAAGCUGUGA